UUUUUAUUAUACAGUUAAAGAACAAAAACUAGCAACGAAAAGUUUGUCAUGUUUUUUGUUGUAAAUUUUCUCAAUAAUAUUUAGAAGUAAGCAAUAAUAAUCAUGUCCUUAACCGCCGCCGGAAACUAUCAAGUGUUGUUGCAGGCUUACAAAUACAAAAACGUAAACAUCACUUGUUCAUAUAAGAUUUACCCAAACGCCUAUGACUUUGACCAUCAAAAAGUAGUGCAGGACUAUCACUGGAUGACGGCUUCGCGCUGGUCCAGAAUUGAAAAUGCCUUGCGCCGGCACUUUGAGGGCAUUCGCAAUCCGAAUCUUUCGGUAGAUGCAGACAAAUUGCAGGCCGAAAUGCAAAUUGAUCACAUUAAAGUGCAGAUAAAUGUAGCCUCUAGUAAGUGGAUUUCUAGUAUAAAGGAAAUUCUGCAAUGUAAGGAAACCCCAGAUAAAGAGCCACAUGUUGGCCUCGAUAUAGUCCUCCAGUAUAUAUCACAUAAAGACAUUAUCUCCGGGGCAUCGCCUCCCAAACGCCAGCGCCUGGAGGCAGACACAUCAAAGCCGGGACAAAGCAAGCAGAAACCCAGAACCAAACAUGGGGAAACCUCGAAGCCCACACGAGUAGCUGGUGGCACAGAAGUCUCCAGCAGAAGUCAUCAACCCUAUAUGAAAAUAAAACGAGAGCGCAGAUCCAUAUCACAAAGUGACAACAGGGAGAAAACUUCAACCAAAUCGUCGUCCUCAAGUAGCAACGGACAUGUUUCACGUAAAGACAAAGCGGAGAAAUCUUCAAACUUAAGAGCCAAUUCGGUGGAGUCCACAAAACCGACGCGUCGUUCAGCUCGUUCCCCCGUCCAGCCUCAAAGAUUCCAAAACUUUAUUUUAGGCCAAAAGACUUCAGCUAGAGCUGUUAAACCCACAGAAGAGGUUUCCUUACAACCAAACAAGUUUGAACAACUUGAUGGACUUGCUAUUGAUGCACUGCAGAAAUUCGAUAAUAUGCUAAAUACACCAAUUCCGCUUCAAGUUAAUAUCUUGCUUUUAGAGAGUAAGAACAAUUCGGAUAUAAUGGAGACAUUUGAGAAAUAUAAAACUGAUUUUGAUCGUUUGUUUAAGCGCCGGGAACACAAAACACAUACUGAUGGAUAUUUGGGCAUUUGCCAUGUUGAUGUCAUGGAUAUACUUAACAAAUCGAUACAGAGCAACAUGCUCAAGAAGCUGGGCGAUGUCUACAGCAAGAAAAGUUCUCAUGCCUCGCUAGUCUUCAAUGGUUUGUUGCCUAUGUGGAUUAUGCGUCUGUUUAUGGAUGAGUACAAUUUCAAUAGCGAGGAGGAUGUGGCCGUUCAUAUUAAGAAACAGUUGAAAUAUGCUUCCUAUUUAAAAGCUCUUAAUAAUGAUCCACUGGCUUCUGAUUUAGACUACUAAUACAAGUUUUCUUCUGUAUUGUUACAUCUUUAUUACAUUUGGAAUACUUCAUAAAUGAAUUCACAUUAAAAAACGAAUGGAAACAUUA